UGCGGAACCUGAGGGAACUGCCACGAUGUUGCUACUCUGGACACUUUCACUGCUGCUGGGAGCAGUAGCAGGAAACGAAGUCUGUUACUCAAGACUUGGCUGCUUCAGUGAUGAUGUCCCAUGGGCAGGAAUUUUGGAAAGACCCUUCAAAGUACUGCCCUGGUCUCCAGAAGAUGUCAACACCCGCUUCCUACUAUACACUAAUGAGAACCCAAACGACUUCCAAGAAAUUGUUGCAGAUCCAUCAAGUAUCAGUGCCUCCAAUUUCAAAACAAACAGAAAAACCCGCUUUAUUAUUCACGGAUUCACAGACAAGGGAGAAGAAAGCUGGCUGUCCGAUAUAUGCGAGAGACUGUUCGAGGUGGAAAGUGUGAACUGUUUCUGUGUGGACUGGAAAGGUGGCUCCCGAACUACUUACACACAGGCCUCACAGAAUAUCCGGAUUGUGGGAGCAGAAGUGGCUUAUUUUGUUGAAGUUCUUCAGGUAACUACCCCCGGAUUACAUAAAAACCCAUACCCAUUGCUCUUUGGAUUUGCUUUUCAAAACAAGGGCUAUGGGGCCAUUGGACGCAUCACAGGGUUGGAUCCAGCCGAACCUUACUUUGAGGGUACACCUGAGAUAGUCCGACUGGAUCCCAGCGAUGCCCAGUUUGUGGAUGUAAUUCACACGGAUGCUGCUCCCCUAAUCCCCAAUCUGGGUUUUGGAACGAGCCAAAUUGUGGGCCACCUAGAUUUCUUUCCAAAUGGAGGACUAGAAAUGCCCGGGUGUGAUAAGAACAUUCUCUCUCAGAUUGUUGACAUAGACGGGAUCUGGGAAGGAACUCGUGACUUUGUGGCCUGUAAUCACUUAAGAAGCUACAAGUAUUAUACUGACAGCAUCAGCAACCCUAAUGGCUUUGCUGGAUUCCCUUGUUCCUCUUACAGUGCUUUCACUGAAAACAAGUGCUUCCCCUGUCCAAGUGAAGGCUGCCCACAGAUGGGCCAUUAUGCUGAUACAUUUCCUGGAAAAGCAAACGAACUGGGCCAGGUAUUUUAUCUAAACACUGGUGAAGCCAGUAAUUUUGCCCGUUGGAGGUAUGGGGUAACUGUCACACUGUCUGGAAAAAAGGUUACAGGACACGUGCUGGUUUCUUUGUUUGGAGAUAAAGGAAACUCUAGGCAGUAUGAAAUUUUCAAGGGCUCUCUCAAACCAGAGGAUACUCAUUCCGCUGAGUUUGACUCAGAUGUGGACGUUGGGGACUUGCAGAAGGUGAAAUUUAUUUGGUACAACAACGUGAUCAACCUAACUCUACCCAAAGUGGGAGCAUCCAAGAUCACAGUGGAAACAAAUGAUGGAAAACUGUUCAAUUUCUGUAGUCUAGAAACUGUGAGGGAGGAAGUUCUGCUCACCCUCACUCCAUGUUAGGAGGCUGCUGACCGUUGAGCACUAAAUCUUACUGCUAAUAAAAUCUAAUGGUAAAUGCA